UUCAAAACAAUCAUGGCGUCGGAUUUGUCUCUGGAACCUGCAGAAAAGAAAGCCAGAUUGAAUAAUAUAAGUGAGGGAUUACUUGAAAAGAUGAAAGAAGGAGUAACAUUUCCUCGACCUGUUCUGGCAAACGAGUACACGCGCGAUUUUCAAACAGUGCAAGUUUACGCAGCUGAUGUAACGGACAAAACACAAACAUCGCAACUGAUAAGAGAUUUAAAUGAAAUAUUGCCAUUGAAGGAGUUAGGACAUUUAAGACGAGUGCGAUGCCGCAAAGUCAACGACGAAUCACUUCUACAAAUAAUCUUAUGUGUAAGGAAUGAGGUAGCAGCAGACAAUUCAUUUACUCAACUUAUACAACAAAACAAGACAGCGGCAAAUUUUCUUGGGGAGCCCUUUGUGGCUAAUGUGGCAAAACAUCCACCUUUGACCAGAGAGCAGUUUAACCAAGCAUCUCUCCUUUGGCCUGUCAAUUUUCAUGAAGACAAAUAUGUUUCAAGAGCAUUAAAAGGGGAAUUAUUUAACAAAGAUGAAGUGGCAUUGAUUGAAAAGUUCAUGAGAAUGGCAAUAGUGGAAACACAGAAUAUGACAUCCAGAAAGUUUCCUAUUGGAGCUGUGAUUGUUGAUCCACAGAAGAACCAGCCCAUAGCUGUGUGUCAUGACUUAAGAUGUGCAGGACACCCACUCCAACAUGCUGUCAUGGUUUGCCUGGAUCUAGUGGCACACAGUCAGUCAUCAGGUGCUUGGAAACUUGACUGCCAAGAGUUAAAUGAAACAUGGACAUUGAAAAAAAAAGGAUCACAAUUACAGCAAAGAACUUGCUGUCUUUGUUCUAAAAAUGAUUCUAAAGACUGCAGCUCAAUGGAAAAAGGUUCGGUGGGUGAGAGAUUUACUCAUUAUGGUGAGCAGUGCAACUCUCUGAAAAAUACUGACAACAAAUGCAAGUCAUUGCCUUAUCUAUGUACUGGAUAUGAUCUUUAUGUUACGAGGGAACCUUGUGCUAUGUAA